CUGGCGCUCCGAGAAGUCCACACCGUGAGCGCCAAAGCCCGGCGGCUUUCCCUUCACGGCGGACUUCAUGGUGGACGUUGUGGGGCAGUCUCGGGCCAGAUGCCCGAUUUCUCCACAGACAUACGGCGCUCUUUCAGCGCGUCUGGCUUCGUCGCAAGCUCGACCGACGCAGCGCGAAGCUGCUCAUUCUGUGAGUCAGCCCGCGGCUUGUCGGACUCAACGCGCCCUCCGUGGCCUCGCCUACGGUUGCGGCUUCGCCUUCUCAUUGUCCAGGGCAUCGGACGCGGGCGAUUCCGGCUCAAUACUGAGCAGGAUCUCGGCGUCCUCAGCCGCUUGGACAACGUCGUCCCAGGGGGCGGUCUCGGGGUCGAGCCUUUGGCGGUACAUCUCGCGCUGGAUGUCCGGCUUCAAGGUCGUUUCGAACUCAGCAGUGUAUUCGAUAACAGGUGCGUCUUUCUGCACCAUCCGAUUCAACUUGUCGCGCAUCUUGAUGCGGAAAUUCAUAGGGAAGCAAAACUCGAACAAUCCCCAGAAGAAGUCGCGAAGUGA